AUGGCCAAGGCAGCCUGGUCUCGCCUGGAAGGGCAGAGAGGAGGAGGUCUGCGGACGCGAUGUGCUUUGGGAUGGCUGGUGCUGGCCACUCAGGCCUACGGCGGAGCCGUAGACUGGCCCAGAGAGCCACCUUCUUGGCCAAAGUACCCGGGCCGCCAGGUCAGUGUCCUGAAUGGCACCUGGCAGUUUGCCUUUCUCGGCGACGUGGUCCUCAGUGCUAAGUUGCUGGUCGAAAACGCGUCUCUGGAGCCGGUGCUCGUCCCGGAUGCCUUCGACAUGCGCGCGGAGACCCCGCGCUGCAGCACCUGCUGGCCCAAAGAGGUCACAGAGAGCGAGGAGCUCUGCAGAGUCUGCUGCAGCCGUGCCUAUGGAUGGCAGGGGAAUCAGCAAUGUUGGCAGACCUUGCCGGAGGCAGAGCGGGAAGUGGCCUUCCGGAGCUGCUGUAGUGAGCACUGGCUUCGACAUCGGCGUGGCGUUGCGCUCUAUCAGACUCAGGUAGAGGUCGCCUUCAACACGUCGGCCGUCCUCCUCUUCGGAGCUUGCGCGCUGCGCUGCCUCGUGGCCGUGGACGGUGUGGUGCUGGCUGAUCACAGCGGUCUAUCGCCCUUCAGCGUUCCUGUGACCGGCGCCGAGCGACAGCUUCGUUCUAUCACCGUCUUGGUGGACAACCGCUUCGACCCUGUCACUCAUCCGGUGCAUCAGAUCAAGUACGAUUGGUACCAGGGAGGCGGCCUGCUGCGGGCUGUGCAGUUUCAGAGCCUCCCGGGCCCGGGCCCAGAACUCACCUACUUGGCCGCCGUCGACGUCUUUCCAACGACACUGGAGCAUGUGGAUGUGGAUGUGCGAACAGUUGUCGGCACUCCUUCUGCCCAAGGCUUGCAGUAUCGGUGGCGUUUUGAUGAUCCACACCAAGGCUGUGAUUGGGCAAGCUGGCCGACUGUCAUAUUGGAGACUGCUUCACGCAAUGUAUCGGUGCCCAAUGCACGCAGCUGGUCACCUCAGAAUCCCGAGCUGCAUCGUUUGAAGGUCGCGCUCCUCUCUUCCGGCCAACUGCUCGACUGCGUUGAAGUGCGUUUUGGUCUCCGCCGUGUCAGCACAUCCGGCAGAGACAUUCUGCUGAAUGGACAACCGCUGAAGUUGUUCGGCUUCAAUCGCCAUGAUUUGGUUGCCAGCCCUGUCCUCUCACACCAGGAGCUAGUCCGCGACAUCCAAUUAAUGCGGGAUGUCGGCGCAAACUUCGUGAGAGGAGCCCACUACGCACAAGACCAGAGAUUCCUGGACCUGUGUGACGAGAAUGGCUUGUUGGUUUGGGAAGAAGUGCUGGGCUGGCAGAACACCCCCAAGGACUUUGCUGAUGGCAUUUUCAUGAUGCAGAGCUUGAAGCUGGCGGAUGAGAUGGCAGCCGCAUCAGUGAACCACCCGUCCGUGAUCUUCUUUGGUUUCUUCAAUGAAGGAAGAUCUGAUGAUCCGAGUCCCGCGACAGAAGCAGCCUAUCGUGGCAUGGCAAACCGCCUUCGUGAGAAGUCACGCGGCACCCGCCUUGUUAGCUGGGGCUCUUCGACGACCAUCGCCGACAGGUACUUGCAAUUUGCUGAUGUAUGCUCUUUUCACCACUACCCUGCCUGGUAUCCGACAACGGCACCUGGUGAUUUGGACGAGGUGAAGGAGAUACCGCUGAUAUGGGAGGCCUAUGCCCGGUUCGUGGAGGAGAACUUCCCAAGCAAGCCCCUUCUUAUCACAGAGGCUGGGGCAGGCGGUCUUUUCGGACAUCACGGACCUACAGAGGAGAAGUGGACUGAAGAAUUUCAGAGUCUCCUGAUGCAGAUGCACUAUCUCUCCGUGUUCACAAACCCGAAGAUUGCUGGCUUGGCUCUGUGGCAGUUCGCCGACAUUCCGAUUGACCGGCUGGUGUCGACUGAUGAUCAGCGACCGCGAGGCUUGAACAACAAAGGUGUUGUGAGCUUGAGCAGGAUGCCCAAGCUUGCAUUCCAAGCACUGCAUCUUCUCCGAAACAGGAAGCCAGGGCAGUACUUUGGCCUCAUCUUGCCACCGCAGGACGCUGACCGUUUGACCGGCCUCUUCAAGGUGUGA